GCUGAAGCAGCCAGUCCUAGAGAGACAUGGUUCAAGAUUUCACCCAAACAUGGAAAAAUCUAGUUGGUUGUCAAUUGAUUAACUAGUCCUUGAUCUAUGACCCAUAGGAAAGCUUAUUAUUUCCACCGAGUUGAAUUGAAGAUCAUUGAACUCAUAAAGGCAUUUUUUGAAAAGGGGGUUUUACAGCAAUCAAAAAUGCUAUAUUGUCAACAACAGGUAUUUAUCUCAAGAUUGAACAUCAUUUUAACACUUCAGUAAUAACAUAUCCAGACGGUUUCAAAGUAAGGCACCAGACUGAAAUGAUUGCAGUACACUGGGAAACUGGGAAUGUUUCUUCAUUUAUCCAGUCAAAGGUGCUUUGCGCAUCAUAGUUAUGCUUUCUAUGUGAGAGCAUAUGUGGGGUUACAUUUGGGAUUACAGUUGGGAUUGGAAUUAUGAUUGUGGUAAAUAGCAGGAUAUAUUUCAUCAUUAGUGGAGACAAGUAGUCAAACGCGAAAGCCUGACGUGUGCCCCCAAAUCUCAUCUGUGGCAUCUAAAAGGUCAUAUAACAGUCAGCCUCUCUUUAAAUAGCCCCUGUCUGGGCAAACCAAGAUCAGACUAUCAAAACAUUUCCAAAGGGAAACAAGCGCUGGACUGAUCAAAACAACACAGCAGCAAGAAGCAAAGCCUGGGGUUAGACGUUGGAUGGUUUCCAGGUUGGAGCUCGACGCCAUCCUCGAGCAGGGAAUACGGUUUUGUUUUUUUUUCUUUAGACAUGGGACCAAAGAUUAAGUUCCGGAAGCAGAAGAAAUAUCGCUGUGAUGUGAUUGCGACAGCCCAAACUUCAGGGUGCACACUUCAGUUCUGGAACGCGCUCCUGGUGGGUGACGAGAUCACUUUGAUCAGUAUCAUUGAUGACCCGGAAUAUGUACAUCUUAUGGAUGCUAUUUACGACACCAGCAACAUCGAAGAGUGGAAGAACUUCAGGUUCAACUACAGAGGACUGAGGCUGUGGUCACUGACCUAUGAGCAGGAGCUGACCACGCCCCUGCACAUCACUGCUGGACGGGGCUUCACUGACUGCCUCAGGCACCUGCUACUGAGAGGGGCCAGUGUGGACUUUGCCCCCGGUGGCUCCACACCCCUGCACGAGGCCUGUGAGGCAUGCCAGCCGGACUGUGUCAAACUGCUCCUGCAGUACGGCGCUAACGCCAAUGCCACCAGUGAGGAUGGACUUAUGCCCCUUCAUGUGUGCACCGAGUUGGAAUCUCUAGAGUGCGCCAAGCAGCUCCUCCAGUUUGGUGCUGCCAUCAGUGGGCGGAGCCUAGAGGAGAAUGACACGCCCCUGCACGUGGCAGCACGCCAUGGCCUUCCGGAGCACGUGGCACUGUACCUCCGCUAUGGUGGUGUGUUGGAACACCAAAAUGACGAGGGCCUCACGCCGCUCAAUGCCGCUUGCUCACAGCCACAGGAGCACUCCACCCUCGAACGUUAUACCCACGUGUGCCGCCAGCUUGUGGAGGCCGGUGCCAAUGUACGCACGGGCGAUGCCGACCGGCAGACGCCACUACACAUGGUCUGCAAGAACGCCAACCCAGAUGUCGUGGAUCUACUGUUGCAAAGUGGUGCACUCGUCAACGAGAUGGACUAUGGUGGUGACGCACCCAUGCACAACAUCCUGAAGAUUGUGGCCUACAAGUUGGAGCAUCAGCCAGAGAGGAUAGUGCAGGCACUGCUGAACUAUGGCUCGAUCCGGGUGUGGCCAGGAGCGCUGCCAAAGAACAGGUGGAGAUAUCACUGCAGGUGGAAGCUAUCAUUGUUACCCGGAUCAAGAAGCAGAUUCUGUUUCCCAACUCUUAAUGUCCUGAAGUUCUGCUGUAUGUCUCCACGGACUAUAGAGGUGCUGCUGAAUGCAUAUGACCGUUUCAGAGUCACUGACAAGUGGGUGGAGGCAAUUGUCCCAGAGAUAUUCCAGAAGCAUCAAGAGUUCUAUGAGUCCGUGUUUGCACUGGCCAGCGGGCCUCGCUCACUGCAGCACCUGGCCCGCCACCAGCUGCGCACAUACUUGGAGGGUCGCCUGAUCAAGGUGGUGCCCAGACUGGGCCUACCCACCUUCCUGAGAGCCUACCUGCUGCUAGAAUUCCGUGGCUAUGUGCACUAAAGGAACCGGGCACUUGACUGGGCUCGGGAAGUGUCCUCUUCGCUGUGGCACCAAGGACCCCCAGGCUGGUUUGAGGGUGGGUGGUCAUGGUGGUUGCUCAGCCUCUGGAAACAGCUGAGCUCAUUUAUGCUCAUAUCAUUUCAAUCUAUUUACAUGCUCACAAGAAUGCACCAAGACUGAAGGUUUGUUUUUUUUUUUUAAACAAAUAUAUGAGUAUUAAGCUCAUAUAAUUCAGUAGAAAUUGCCUAAAAAUGUGUUAUCCAUAAUAUGAGUGCGCAUUGAUGAUUUUUGCAGUUGUGAAAGAUUCUUAGGUGCAACAUAUUUGGCAGUGAUGAGAUAUAUGCCUUUACAGUAAUAUACCAUGUGUGUUCAUUUGGAGCAAGCUAAAACAAGAGAAGACUUCAAAGACUAAAACAUAAAUAAUUUUGAUCAUUUGAAUAGCUUCCUAGAUUAUUUAGUUAUUCCAAAAGGUAAUAUUCAUUCACUUAACCAUUCGCUGUGUUGUGAAAGCACAUUAAUAGUAAUUGUAAUCAGACGUGAUUAAAGUGGGUUUUAUAUGACCCAUGUUUAUUGUGUGCUAUAACUACCACUUUGUUUUACCAUUUAAUAUUCUGCUUCAAAAUAUAUAAAACACUUUUUAAAUAA